UAAUUCCCUUUAUUUCUUCUUCAGGUUUGCCUGCGAUGAGAUUUCAUUCUCUACAGUUAAAGGACAUCCUUUAUGAGCUCUGUGAAUAAAUUUGGAAUGAUACUGUAUAUUUUCAUCUAAUGGAGGAUUAGCUGUACUUUGAAUAAGGAUUGCUGCACUGGACAACUUCAGAAUAUUACUCACAAUGUCAUCGAACAGGAGUCAGAAUCCCCAUGGACUGAAGCAGAUUGGCCUUGACCAGAUCUGGGAUGACCUCAGAGCCGGAAUCCAGCAGGUGUACACCAGACAGAGUAUGGCAAAAUCCAGAUACAUGGAGCUCUACACUCAUGUUUAUAACUACUGCACGAGUGUUCACCAGUCAAAUCAAACUCGAGGGGCUGGCGUCCCUCCUUCUAAAUCGAAAAAGGGGCAAACGCCUGGGGGAGCGCAAUUUGUUGGCUUGGAAUUAUACAAACGACUUAAAGAAUUUUUGAAGAAUUACUUGACAAAUCUUCUUAAGGAUGGAGAAGACUUGAUGGAUGAGAGUGUACUGAAGUUCUACACUCAGCAGUGGGAAGAUUACCGGUUUUCCAGCAAAGUUCUGAAUGGAAUUUGUGCCUACCUCAAUAGACAUUGGGUUCGCCGUGAAUGUGAUGAAGGACGAAAAGGAAUAUAUGAAAUCUAUUCUCUCGCAUUGGUGACUUGGAGAGAUUGUCUAUUCAGGCCCUUGAACAAACAGGUAACCAAUGCUGUUUUAAAACUGAUUGAAAAGGAGAGAAAUGGUGAAACCAUCAAUACAAGACUGAUUAGUGGAGUUGUACAGUCUUAUGUGGAAUUGGGGCUGAAUGAAGAUGAUGCAUUUGCGAAGGGUCCUACGUUAACAGUGUAUAAAGAAUCCUUUGAGUCUCAGUUUUUGGCUGAUACAGAGAGAUUUUAUACCAGAGAGAGUACUGAAUUCCUGCAGCAGAGCCCAGUUACUGAAUACAUGAAAAAGGCAGAGGCCCGUCUGCUCGAGGAGCAACGGAGAGUGCAGGUCUACCUCCACGAAAGCACUCAGGACGAGCUAGCGAGGAAGUGCGAGCAGGUGCUCAUCGAGAAGCACCUGGAGAUUUUUCACACAGAGUUUCAGAACUUGCUGGAUGCUGAUAAAAAUGAAGAUUUGGGUCGCAUGUAUAAUCUUGUAUCUCGAAUCCAGGACGGCCUAGGAGAACUGAAAAAACUUUUGGAGACACAUAUUCAUAAUCAGGGUCUUGCAGCAAUUGAAAAGUGUGGCGAAGCUGCUUUAAAUGAUCCCAAAAUGUACGUGCAGACAGUGCUGGAUGUUCAUAAAAAGUACAACGCCCUGGUCAUGUCAGCAUUCAAUAACGACGCGGGCUUCGUGGCCGCCCUAGACAAGGCUUGUGGGCGCUUCAUAAACAACAACGCUGUCACCAAGAUGGCUCAGUCGUCCAGUAAGUCCCCCGAGUUGCUGGCUCGAUACUGUGACUCCUUGUUGAAGAAGAGUUCCAAGAACCCAGAAGAAGCAGAACUAGAAGAUACACUCAAUCAAGUGAUGGUUGUCUUCAAGUACAUAGAGGACAAGGAUGUGUUCCAGAAGUUCUAUGCGAAGAUGCUGGCCAAAAGACUCGUGCACCAGAACAGUGCGAGUGAUGAUGCCGAAGCAAGCAUGAUCUCCAAAUUAAAGCAAGCAUGUGGGUUUGAGUAUACCUCUAAACUUCAGCGGAUGUUUCAGGACAUUGGCGUGAGCAAAGAUUUAAACGAACAGUUCAAAAAGCACCUGACAAAUUCAGAGCCACUGGACUUGGACUUCAGUAUCCAGGUGCUGAGCUCCGGCUCGUGGCCCUUCCAGCAGUCCUGCACGUUCGCCUUGCCGUCAGAGCUGGAACGUAGCUACCAGCGAUUCACUGCUUUCUACGCUAGUCGUCAUAGCGGCAGGAAGCUGACAUGGUUGUACCAACUCUCCAAAGGAGAGCUGGUCACAAACUGCUUCAAGAACAGAUACACUUUGCAGGCGUCUACAUUCCAGAUGGCGAUCCUGCUUCAGUACAACACGGAAGAUGCUUACGCGGUGCAGCAGCUGACGGACAGCACUCAAAUCAAAAUGGACAUUUUGGCACAAGUCCUACAGAUUUUAUUGAAGUCGAAGUUAUUGGUCUUGGAAGAUGAAAAUGCAAAUGUUGAUGAGGUGGAAUUGAAGCCAGAUACCUUAAUAAAAUUAUAUCUUGGUUAUAAAAAUAAGAAAUUAAGGGUUAACAUCAAUGUGCCAAUGAAAACCGAACAGAAGCAGGAACAAGAAACUACACACAAAAAUAUUGAAGAGGACCGAAAACUGCUGAUCCAGGCGGCGAUUGUGAGGAUCAUGAAGAUGCGAAAGGUCCUGAAGCACCAGCAGCUGCUUGGGGAGGUGCUCACUCAGCUGUCCUCACGGUUCAAGCCACGGGUCCCGGUCAUCAAGAAAUGCAUUGACAUUCUGAUCGAGAAAGAAUAUUUGGAGCGAGUUGAUGGUGAAAAGGACACCUACAGUUACUUGGCUUAACCCUUGUAGAGGGUCUGACUGUGCCACCGCGGCCAAUGUUCCUGGUGGGCAGGAUGACGACCAGUUCCUAGCAGCUGCCUGCACCACUGGCCUCCCUUUUUAAACUGAGACCAAGACUCCCAGCAGCCGGUCUCAGAUGUACAUCAGAACUGCUCAGGAUCGAUACAUUUCAAGUCUGUAAAUAUGGACACCGACGCCAUUUAACCUAAUUUAAGAACAGAGGGGAAUGAACCGUCAUGCUGAGGGCUGCAUGCUACUGCAUCUAGAUCAAUACAUCGGCUACGUGCUAACAGCUGCCUCCGUCUCAGCAGCACUGAGUGUCGGCCACACUUUGAGAGGAGUCUGAAUGGACCCGCGUGUAAUCUGCUCUGAAAACCAUUUGUAUAGUGUGUUUCAUUUUUUAAUGUGUGAAAUAAAGAAAAUUAAAGGAUUUCUGUACAAGUUG